UAUAGUGUAUGUUACAAUGAUAUAGUGUAUGUUACAAUGAUAUAGUGUAUGUUAAAGUGAUAUAGUGUGUGUUAAAGUGAUAUAAUGUAUGUUAAAAUAAUAUAGUGUAUGUUAAAGUAAUAUAGUGUAUGUUAAAAGUGAUAUAGUGUAUGUUAAAGUGAUAUAGGGUGUGUUAAAGUGAUAUAGUGUAUGUUAUAAUGAUAUAGUGUAUGCUAAAAUGAUAUAGUGUAUGUUAAAGUAAUAUAACGGGUCAUGUGCCUGGACUUGGUCCACAAUAUUUUUAGUGUGAACCAGAUCCACGCAAGUCGAAUUGAAAUUAGAAAGUGUAACCAAUAAUAGUUCUAGCAUCGUACCAAGAUUCCUUCUAACAAUGCUAUAGAUAAUGUUUGGAGCCAAUAAUUGGAUUAUAAAAAUCAGCAGCAUCAUCCACUCAUAGAAGAUAACUUCUCCAAAAUUGAAAAAUCUCAUACAUACCAUCAAUUCAUCACCACAAAAAACUCUUAUUCCAAUGGAGUUUCACCUAACCAUUGAAGCUGCAGGAGUCAUUUGCUUUUUGCUAUUUCUCUACUGCAUACUAAAAUGGAAAAAAAGCACUGAUACUAAAGCAAAACCACCCCAACCAUCUGGUUCAUUGCCUUUUAUUGGCCAUCUACAUCUCUUGGGAGGGCUUCCUCACAAAGCCUUGGGAGAAUUAGCAGAUAAGUAUGGUCCAAUCUUCAUGAUGAAGCUCGGCAUUCACCGAGCCUUGUUUGUAAGCACAGCAGAGAGGGCAAAAGAGUGCUUAGGCGCCAAUGAGAAAGUAUUCUUAAAUCGGCCACAUACAAUGUUUGCAGAGGUUCUGGGUUACAACUCUGUCAUGUUCGGCCUGGCCCCUUAUGGCCAGUACUGGCGUGAGAUAAGGAAGAUAACUGCUGUCGAGCUCCUAUCCAAUCAUCAGAUAGAAAUGUCUAAAGAUGUCAGGUUCACAGAGAUGCGAUCAGCCAUAAAGAGAACAUCAGGUGCAGGGUCUGAAUUGAUUGACAUAAAACAAUGGUUUAGUGACAUAAGCUUGAACACUGCAGUAAGAACAGUUUUGGGGAAGUCAUUAAAAGAGAAUUACCAAGAUGAGGAAUACACUCGGUGCGUGAAGGCAUUCAGGGCAUUCUUCGUAUUGGGAGGUGCAUUUGUCACUGCUGAUGCACUUCCGUUUUUGAGGUGGUUGGAUAUCGGAGGGUACGAGAAAAAGAUGAAGAAGGUUGCAAAGGACAUUGAUCUUAUAGCUCAAAGUUGGUUGGAGGAGCAUAAAAGAAGAAGAAGCUCGAAAGAGACACAAGAAAAGCGGUAUUUCAUGGAUGCGAUGCUGGACAUUAUGGAGAACACACAGGAAAAUCUUUUCGAAUUUGAAGCAGAUACAAUCAUUAAAUCUACUUGCAUGGCAAUGAUUUUAGGGGGAGCAGACACCACAGCAGCAACCUUAACAUGGGCACUAUCAUUGCUACUCAACAACAAAGAUGUCCUGAAGAAGACUCAAGCUGAACUAGACAUACAGGUGGGCAAAGACAGGCAGGUGGAAGAAUCAGACCUCAAAAAUUUAGUUUACUUACAAGCUGUUCUCAAGGAGACUAUGAGACUAUACCCAGCUGCACCCCUUUCAGUUCCUCGAGAAGCCAUUAUAGACUGUACCGCGAAUGGUUACCACAUCCCAGCUGGCACUCGGCUUUUUGUUAAUCUUUACAAAAUACAUAGAGAUCCUAAAGUGUGGGAAGAUCCUUUGGAGUUUCGUCCUGAAAGGUUUCUCACAACUCACAAAGAGUAUGAUGUUAGAGGCCAACAAUUUGAAUAUAUGCCUUUUGGAAGUGGCAGGAGGAUUUGUCCUGGUAUAUCUUCUGCCCUUCGGGUCAUGCAGUUUACACUAGCUAAUUUACUCCAUGGAUUUGAAAUCUCAAUUCUAUCUGAAGCUGUCGACAUGACUGAGGGUUUCGGAUUAACGAACCUCAAAGUCACACCACUUGAGGUCAUCCUCACACAUCGCCUUCCCCACAACCUUUAUAUAUAAGUUAUAACGACUGUGUUAUGAUUUUCAAUUGAUCUUUAUUUGUAAAAUACUAAGCACAAAUAAUCAGGAAAGUUCUUAAUGCAUUCUUCAUUUCAGAACACUUAUUAUAAGUAAUAAACUAACUGUUAAAUCUCA